AUGUCAUCAACACAGGAGACUUUAAUAUCCAGAUUGACGUCUCUAAAUAUGCAUAUCACAUACAAUUAGGCAUUCCGAACUCAACGUUGAGACAUUGUUUCCUGGUAAAGAAAUUUCCGCAUGCAUUCUUCCCUGCUCUUCCUGUCAUAGAUCAUAUUCUUCCGUAUACGUACCUAGACCUUUCUUACGCACAAAGCAGAUUAAAGACUAUUUGGAGCAACUGCAUGCAUCUGAGAGGAGAGAAACACAGGAUCAAAGAGAAGACUAUUACCGUUAUGUGGAGCGAAGGAAUCAAUAUUGAUGUAAGUAUAUACAAUACAGCGACAAGUACAGUUGCGGCAGCUACUGCUGGUGUCGACCGGUCGCCACAUUCGUGUCCACAGUUACAUCCGCUUGUUUCAUUAUCAACCUAG